UCUGAAAGUUCGGUCUCGCUCAACGAUACGGAUACGAAACGAUAUGGUACACUUGUGGAGUGGAUUAACGCUAAUUCGUUUUUGAUUGCCGCCAGGGGGGAUCGCCAAUGGACCGAUGCAAGGCAGCUGUUACUCCUCGCUGACGAAGGAAACCGAAUACCACCAGCUGGGAUAUAUCCUCGCCAGUCGCAAACAAGAACAACAGGGGCACACGAUCGCACCGGAGGAUCACAAAGGGCUCGUGCCACAUGAAGCAGGGGGUUGUUGAUAGCGCCUCCUGAAAGAACUAACGACUCAUGCGGUCGUGCGUCGAGACAAAGUGAUCCUGCCGCAAGGAGCAGGACGAGCCGCUUAUCAGCCAUGCACGGGAUUCGGGGUGGCUGAGGGUUGCAAACACGCGUUCUUAUCUUAAAGCUCAGACUGUCGGGAGGGUGACGAAAUAGAGCAGAUGUGCAAACAACGGCCCCGAUGACGGAUGACCGACGAAACCCAGCAAUUACAGCUUGAGGGGAGGCGAUAGUUACCAUCCAACGACGCGUGCUCGGCACACUUGCAGAUCCACUGAAUAGGAGCAACGUUCGCCUGGGCAAUCAGAAUCGACCUCAGACUAGGAGCUCCAAAAUUCCCAGUAUUAUAAUGUCCGUGGACAACAGCUUGGGAAUUCUAGACUUAUCUUCGGGUAAGGAGAGUGAGAAAACAGCAAUGACAGCAGCAAACAAGGAGAACGAUCCGGAUUCCCAUUUCACGGGUACUAUCGUCACAACAGGCGCCACUGCUCAGCCAGCCACGCCCACUACCUCAAAUGCCACCGCCCUACCAGCCACGCCUACUGUGGCAGCUGGCCAGGAUUUGGGUGACGGUGCAUGUAGUAGUAAAAAUACGGAUUCCAAGUUUCAAUCGUACGUAAAUGGCAAUGGCAAUGGUGUGUACAAGAUCAUCAAGACACUCGGUAAGGGAAACUUUGCCAAGGUCAAGUUGGCGAUUCAUGUGCCCACCGGUCGUGAAGUGGCCAUCAAGGUGAUCGAUAAGACGCAGCUCAAUACGAGUGCACGUCAGAAGCUGUACCGCGAGGUGAAGAUCAUGAAACUGCUGAACCACCCGAACAUCGUGCGCCUCUUCCAAGUCAUCGAGUCUGAGAGGACACUCUACCUGGUGAUGGAGUACGCGAGUCGUGGCGAGCUAUUCGACCACCUGGUGAAGAACGGGAGGAUGCGGGAGCGGGAUGCCAGGGUGAUCUUCCGACAGUUGGUGUCCGCCAUUCAGUACUGCCACAGCAAGUUUGUGGUUCAUCGGGAUCUGAAGGCGGAGAACCUGUUGCUGGACCAGCACAUGAACAUUAAAAUAGCGGACUUUGGCUUCGGCAAUACCUUCGAUCCCAACGCCCAGCUUGAAACGUUCUGCGGGAGUCCACCAUAUGCUGCCCCUGAACUUUUCAUGGGCAGGAAGUACGCCGGCCCGGAGGUGGACGCCUGGUCGCUGGGAGUGGUGCUGUACACUCUCGUCAGCGGUUCGCUGCCCUUUGAUGGAGGCACCCUAAAGGAGUUGCGGGAAAGAGUCCUGCGGGGCAAGUACCGUGUGCCCUACUACAUCUCAAUGGACUGCGAAAACCUAAUGAGAAAGUUCCUGGUCCUGAAUCCCGCCAAGCGCACUUCGCUUUCUGCUGUGAUGUCGGAUAAGUGGAUAAAUCUGGGCCACGAUGAAUCCGACCGAUUGCGUCCGUUUCGCGAGAAGCCCAUGGAGCUGCAGGAUGCAGCCCGGUUCGAUUUACUGAUGAGCAUGGGCCACAAGCGCCGUGAUGUGGAGCAGUCUGUAAAGGGGCAACUGUUCGACGACAUCUAUUGCACAUACAUGCUCCUGGGCGUGGCCAAGCCGCGCUCCUCGAACCGCAGUACGAAACCGGAGGCUAUACCAACAGUGGAUUUAACUACUCCAGCUGUCAGUAGCCCGCUUCCUAAUAUCACCACACCCACUGUUACCAUAGCUCAUGUCACGCUUGCGCUGGACAAGAAUCCGCCCAUCCACUCCUCCUCAGCAUCGGGUAGACCCAUUGCGCCACGUUUGGCAAAUGCACCCAAUACACCGACUUCAACGCCACCAACGGGACCGCCUGCCAAGCCCACAAGACGCACUCCAGCCAGGACACCAGCCCGGAAGGCCACCAACCAUACGAGCGGCCAAGGACGUCCGGAGCCUUCGAGUCUUCCGCACACUCCGCAGUCAAAGAGAGCCAGUGCCAACAUGGAUGUGAAGCCCACGCUGCUGAGUGCCCAGCGACAAUUGGCCCAGACCCAAAAGCUGGCCAACACUCCUCCGCGCUUCCAGUACCCCGUUGCCCAAACUCCGAAUCAAGCUCAGGGAUCCUCCAGGCGGCCCACGACCCUGUACGAGAAAGCGGAACCUGCAGUCACUCCACUUCUGGUGCCCAAGUCGCCGGCCAUGGGUGCUCGACUGCUAGAACGGAUUCCCGGAGGUGGAGCAGUGGAAAAGACCUCCGACAAGCCCUUCACCCGACAAAAUGUGGCACGGGCCACUUUUCAUUUCGGCCAAGCGCGCAGUGGCAAACGGGGCGGUGGAUCAGGAAAUGGCGCAGGCGGAGAGGAGGACAGCUAUCAGACGCCACCCUUAUCCGCGGACGACACCAAGCCCGCCUCGCGGGUAGGUUUCUUCUCCAAGCUGACCGCACGUUUCGGUCGAAGGGUAAUCCACUUGAACGAAAAGGAUGUCACCGAGCAGCGCAAGAACCUCACCAAAUAGCCAGAAGUCGGGUUGUUUGGGGCAAUGUCAAGGUGAUAGAGAUAGAAUGAUAGAGUGAUAAAGAAAGUGAUACAGUCGGCCCUGACCGAGCAUUCUAACGAAAUUAAGUCAAAACUCAGCAAAUCAGUUUGUCUUACAAGUGUGCGGCGAACGCUUUGCUGGGAUUUAGAUAAAUUAAUCCUACCAGAAAUGACGGCAGCAAACACAAACAAAACGACCGACAAGGAGAACGAUCCCGGUCCCAAUACAUCGAUAUCCACUACCGCCACGCCCCCUUCUGCAGCUGCCCAGAAUGUGGGGGGAUGUUUUGGGAGCAGUGGAGGCAGAUCGAGCCCUAAGUUUCAGUCCUAUGUAAAUGGCAACGGCUACGGAGUGUACAAGAUCAUCAAGACCCUUGGGAAGGGCAACUUUGCGAAAGUCAAGUUGGCGAUUCAUCUGCCCACCGGUCGGGAAGUGGCCAUUAAGCUGAUCGAUAAAACUGCGCUAAAUACGAUUGCCCGGCAGAAGUUGUACCGAGAGGUAAAUAUAAUGAAAAAGCUCAACCACCCGAAUAUUGUGCGCCUCUUGCAAGUUAUCGAGUCGGAAAGGACUCUCUACUUGGUAAUGGAGUAUGUCAGCGGGGGAGAACUCUUCAAUUAUCUGGUCAAAAACGGAAGGAUGCGGGAGCGAGAUGCCAGGGUGCUCUUCCGCCAGUUGGUGUCUGCUAUUGAAUACUGUCACAGCAAGUCCAUUGUGCAUCGGGAUCUAAAGGCAGAGAACUUGUUGUUGGACCAGCAAAUGAAAUUGAAGAUCGCUGAUUUUGGUUUCAGCACCACGUUUGAACCAAAAGCGCCACUGGAGACGUUCUGCGGAAGUCCACCGUAUGCCGCCCCAGAACUGUUCAGAGGAAAGAAGUACUCUGGACCGGAGGUGGACUCAUGGUCACUGGGUGUGGUGCUGUACACCUUGGUGAGUGGUUCCUUACCCUUUGAUGGAACCAAUCUGAAGGAGCUCCGCGACCGUGUUCUACGUGGCAAGUAUCGUGUUCCGUAUUACGUCUCCAUUGAAUGCGAGAGUCUUAUUAGGAAGUUCCUCGUUCUGAAUCCAACGCAACGUACUAGUUUAUCGGCUGUCAUGGCGGAUCGCUGGAUCAACAUGGGCUACGAACAAGGUAACGGUUUGAGACCGUUUCAAGAGAAACCUAUGGAUCUGCAUGAUGUAAAUCGAUUGAGUUUGCUGUCGAACAUGGGUCACAAACCUCGUGAUGUAGAGCAGUCGCUGAAGAACCAGAAGUUCGACGACAUCUAUUGCACCUAUAUGCUCCUGGACGUUGCUAAACCGCGCUCAACAGCCUGCAGCGAGAAAUCGGGAUCUUCGUUUAGGGAAACUCCUACGGCUAUGCCAGGCAGCAGUCGGAUUCCUGUCCCUAUAGCUGCUCCCAAUGUUACUAUAAGCCAGGUGACCUUUGCACUGGACAAGAGUACACCGAAUAGGCCUGCCGCCACUUCCAUACGUCCCAUGGCUCCGCGCUUGGCAAAUGCCCUCACUCCGCUACCAUUGACACCACCGCCCAAAAAAUACAUCUGCUGCUCUGCUAGCAAAGCCGCCAAUCCCAGACGUUCCGAGCCGUCCAGCAUUCCACAAUCUGCGAUGCCCAAGAAAGGAGUCGGUUCACCAGUGGAUGUGAAGACAACUCUACUGAGUGCCCAACGAAAGUUGGCUGUAAACCAAAAGCUGACAAGCGCAUCACACCAAAUUCGGAGUCCCAUUACUCAGUCGCCAAGUCAAGCUUCAGAAUGCACCAGAACACCACCGACUCAUUUCGAAAUGCUGGACUCGACCAGCACUCCCCUAAAGGUUCUUAAAUUGGUGGCAUCCAACAGCCAGACUCCACCAUCCACCGAAAACACAAAUCGUCCCACGCGAGUUGGCUUCUUCUCUAAGCUGUCCGCACGCUUUGUUAGAAGAUCACUCCACAAGGGCGAAAAGGACAUCAGCGAACAGGGCAGGAAUCUUACCAAAUAGCAAGGUGUUAGUUUAGCGCAUCCCAAAAGGAUUCUUUCCUGCACAGAUAAUCGAAAGUGAUAUAGCAGCCCUCCCGAAUGGACGAUCGAUCCACCUUAUGUCUAAAUGGUAUUUUAAUUAAAACGACUUAAAUUUAGUAUAACAAAUAAAUGUUGAUGGCAUAUGUAAGGUGAUCGUUCUGAACUGAUCUUGAAACUUGACUGUCAAAACAAAUAAAAUAAUAUUUUAAC